CUCUCUGAGGAACAAGCCAUGAGCAUCCUCGACUUCAAGGCUGAGCGUGUCGAUGUGGCUGUGCUGGACCAGCUGGUUGAAUACCUGUACAUGGGUAUACCCGGCUCCCCGCAACAGAAACUGGCCGAGCAAAUUCUGAGCGAGUUUCAGCGUCACAGUGAUGCCUGGCAGCGUGUCUAUCAGGUCUUGCAAGAGUCAAGCUCCUCCAAUACCAAGUAUUUUGCCCUCAACAUUCUGCUGAACAAAAUCAAGUCAGAGUGGAAGAUCCUGCCCCAACAGCAGACGGAAGGCAUGAAAGACUUUAUUGUUAACACAAUCAUCCAACUCUCCUCCAAUUUCGAGAGCCUUGAGCGAGAGAAGCUGCUCCUGAGCAAACUCAACGCCGUACUUGUUCAGAUUGUGAAGCAAGAGUGGCCUCAGCGCUGGAAAUCCUUUGUACCCGACAUUGUUGGCGCCAGCAAAACCAGCGAGUCAUUGUGUCAAAAUAAUCUUCAAAUUUUCGAGCUCCUGUCCGAGGAGGUCUUUGACUUUUCCAAGGGUCGCAUCGUGCAGGUCAAGGCUCAACAUCUCAAGGAUGCCCUCUGUGACGAGUUUGGUGCCAUCUUUGAGCUGUGCCAGUUUGUCAUGGAAAUGUCCAAUGUGCCUUCCCUGAUCAAUCAGACGCUCGCUACUAUGCUGCGCUUCCUCAACUGGAUCCCCAUCGGCUACGUCUUCAGCUCUGAUCUGGUUCCCUUGCUCGUCACCAAGUUCCUGGGCGUGCCCCUCUUCCGCAACGCCACCAUGCAGUGCCUUGCCGAAAUUGGUCACCCUGACACCCUCGAGGAGAUUAAACAAAAACAGUUUUCGCUGUUCCAGCUCAUUUUGGAACAACUGAUGCAGAUGCUGCCACCCGGCACUGACGUCCGCGGUGCAUGGGAAUCCUCUUCCAUGGAAGAGCAGGCUUUUAUUCGCUACCUCGCUCUUUUCUUCACCUCGUGGCUUCGGGAGCACGGUGCUCUGCUUGAAGUGGCCGGCGAGAAGCUGGACAUGCUCAUGUCAGCGCUGCGCUACCUCAUCAUGAUGUCCAACAUUGACGACAAGGAGGUGUUCAAAAUCACCCUCGAAUAUUGGAAUGCCUUGGCCAGCAGCCUGUACAACGAGUCGGCGGGCUAUCGCUCAUAUCGCGCGGGCAGCCUGGCCGUGGGCUCCGAUUCCACUCGCAAGGAGAUGUACGCACCCAUCAUGUCCGAGGUGCGCAUGGUCAUGAUCAACAACAUGGCCAAACCGGAGGAGGUGCUCGUCGUUGAGACGGACGAUGGUGAGGUCGUGCGCGAGCACGUCAAGGAUACGGACACUAUCGAGCUGUACAAGACCAUGCGCUUCACCCUGGUGUACUUGACUCACCUGGAUUGCUCGGACACGGAGCACCUCAUGACCCGUCAGCUCAGCGGUCAGGCCUCGGGUGUCAACUGGAAUCGCACUGCCCUCAACAAGCUGUGCUGGGCCAUUGGCUCCAUCAGCGGAGCCAUGACCGUGGAGGACGAAAAACGCUUCUUGGUGACGGUCAUCCGCGACUUGCUCAACCUGUGCGAGUUUCAAACAAAAAAGGAUGACAAGGCCGCCAUUGCUGCCAACAUCAUGUACGUGGUUGGCCAAUACCCGCGCUUCCUGCGCGCACACUGGAAAUUUCUCAAGACCGUCGUCAACAAGCUCUUUGAGUUUAUGCACGAGAAGCACGAGGGUGUGCAGGACAUGGCAUGCGAUACCUUCAUCAAGAUUGCCAUCAAGUGCAAGAGCAUGUUUGUGGAGUUGCAAAUGGGUGAGGUCUCUCCCUUUGUGGAGGAGAUCCUCAGCAAGAUGGCCGUCAUCACCAUUGACCUCGGUGCCCAGCAGGUGCAUACGUUUUGUGAGGCCGUCGGUCACAUGAUCGCGGCGGCUCCAGCCGUGACCAUGCAAACGCAGCUCAUCGCCAAGCUCAUGGAGCUGCCCAACCGAGAGUGGGCCCGCAUCAUUGCCGAUGCCACGCAAGAUGUGUCCGUCUUUGAGCAGCCUGCCACCCUCAAGUCCUUGGUCAAUAUUCUCAAGGCUAACACGGCCGCGUGCCGCAGCAUCGGCGACCCCUUCCUGACCCAGCUAGCCGCUAUUUACUUGGACAUGCUUUCCGUCUACCGCACUCUCAACAACAACAUUCAUGAGGGCGUGCGUGGCGUCAAAGCCGUCCCCACCAGCCACCUCAAGGCCAUGCGUGCCGUUCGCCGCGAGAUUCUCCGCUUCGUUUCAACCUGGAUUGCCCGCUGCUGUGACCCCGCAGCGGUUAUGGAAAAUAUUAUUCCCUCCCUGCUCGAGGCAGUCUUGGGCGAUUACCAGGAAUCGGAUCCCGACGCCCGUGACCACGAAGUUUUGGUCUCCUUUUGCACCAUCAUCAACCGUCUGCGUGAAGCUAUGAACCCGUGUGUCAUGAACGUGUUUGCAGCAAUCUUUGAAAGCACGCUUUCAAUGAUCAAGGAUGACCUCGAGGGCUACCCGGAGCACCGCGUUGCCUUUUACAACCUCCUUCUUGCUAUUGUGCAGCAGUGCUUCCAGGCCUUGGGUAACCUCUCGAUGCCCCAGUGGUCUGAGUUCUUCUAUGCCAUCAUGUGGGGCAUCAAGCAUCCCAUGCGAAAUGUGUCGGAUACGGCUCUGAAGAUUGUCAAGGAGCUGCUGGAAAAGCUCGAGUACGUGCCCAAUUUGGAGCAGGAUUUCUACAAGGCCUUUUACACUGAACUCAUGACCAACAUUUUUGCGGUUGCCACUGAUUCCGCCCACCUCUCGGGCAUCAACUACCACAGCGCCAUCUUGGCACAGCUGUUUGAAAUUGUUGAGCAUGACAAGCUGAGCUUUCCCCUCAACAAGGAGGACCCCAGCAUGCCCAACCGAGUGUUUCUGGAACAGUGGGCUGCAUCACUUCUCUCCUCGGCUUUUCCGCAUUUGCAAAAGCAACAGCUGAGCGUGAUCGUCGACGGCUUUUUUGCAUACGAUGAUAACUUGCCGCAGUUUAAGGGUCACUUUCGCGACUUUUUGGUCCAGUGCAAGGAGGCAGUUGGGCAGGACUUGGACAGCUUGUAUUUGGCGGAGCGUCAGGAGCAGCUGACCGCCGCGCGUACUGAAAAGCAACAGCGACUGGCCACCAUUCCAGGCAUGAUGAGCGCGGCUGAUGACAUGGCCGAUGAUUAAAUUGUGAGAUGAAGAUGUGGGUUGUCCUAGAUUCCAUGUCCCUAGCUUUCCUGGGUCUGUGCCUUCUGGUCUUGCACCCCGGUCUUUGUUUUGACAGUGAGGUUGAAUGUUUCCGAUAACCUUUGUGUGAAUCCUUUCUCCAACCUUGAGUUGUUCUUGCACCGCUCCAGUGGCUUGUUGUGUUGUUUGCAUGUUUGAACGGGGUGCCUCCUAUCAGCCUGGGCCCUGCGCACCGCCCCCUUGCGGUGUGCACCGUUGCACGGUGUCAUGCAUGCGCGCCUUUGGGGAAAGGAACGAGUUUUUGAUCAAAUCAAAACUGAUCGC